GAGGCACAGUCCGGGGAAUCUUGUCCCUCGUCAUUUCCGGAAGAUCUUUGUAGCAUUCCUCCAAGAAAGAAAAUGGACUCCUGUUUAUCAGAGAUUAUUUAAAGAACAACUGGGACACUCGCCGAUACACCUGUUUUCCCGACAAAGCACCUUGAUCUCUAAGGAGUCUGUAAACUCAUUCCCUUCCUUGUGGUUUCCUUCCGGGUCAAUGGAAGGGUCUGACAGCUCAGAGCAGAGCAGCAGCGACCAGCUCGCCUCUCAACGCCGGAGGCAACUGGACCGCUUGGACAGAGAGGAAGCCUUCUACCAGUUUGUCAACAAUCUCAGCGAUGAGGACUAUCGUCUCAUGAGGGAUAAUAAUCUGUUGGGAACCCCAGGAGAGGUAACAGAAGAUGAGCUCUUAAGUCGACUUCAACAAAUUAAGGAUGCACCAGAGCAGCAGAGUAAUCCACCCAGGACUGAGAGUGCAGAAGAGACUAGUGAACCACCUGAAGGUUCUGAGGAGCCUGCUAAUGGAGACAGCCUGUUGGACUGGUUAAACACUGUUAGACGCACUGGGAACACAACCCGGACUGGCCAUCGUGGCAAUCAGUCCUGGCGUGCAGUGAGUCAGACAAACCCCAACAGUGGAGAUUUCCGCUUCAGCUUAGAAAUCAGUGUUAACCGAAACUUGGCUGAACAGCAGGCGGCUGCGGAGCGGGAACAGGCGUCGCAAGAGGGAGGAGCCACAGACCCGGCAAACGCUGAACCGGCUGUCCCAAUGGAGGCUGAGGUUUUGGAGGAACCUGUCGUGGAAGAGGUGGCCGUCAUCGUGGAGCCUGAGCCAGAGAUAGAGGAGGUUGUUUCACAAGAGAUUGAAGAGGAGCCUCCCAGUCCUCCAACACUCAUUCCUGUGCAGCCAACGCCAUCCCCUCCACGGAGAGGGCAAAGGAGAGCCCGAAGCCGAAGUCCUGAGGUGCGCCAAACCCGGGCUCGCACGGCACGCAGUCGCUCCCCGCUUACACGAGAUCCACUGCAGGAGCUGCGUGUUCCAAGCUUCAUUCAGAGCUCUCCUUCCCCCAGCUUGGAGAGCAGUCCUUCUCCUGUGCCUCAGGUGGAGGGCAGCUCACGGACUCGACAGCACGUCGUUUCUAGGCAAAGCACUGUUGAAAGUGACCCACCGCUGCCUGGGGCAGGCGCAGAACCUGCCUCUGAUGCCCAGAAUCUUGUGUCUCAGGAAGGAGAUGCUCCGGGUGCGGAAGGGGAGGGAGGUGCAGCUGGGCGCAGGCCCCCAACAAUCAUGCUCGAUCUUCAGGUACGCCGCGUGCGCCCAGGCGAGUAUCGGCAACGGGACAGCAUCGCCAGCCGGACCCGCUCACGCUCUCAGAACUCCAACAACACCUUUCUCUAUGAAAGCGAGCGUGGCGGCUUCCGCAGGACUUUCUCUCGCUCGGAGCGCGCUGGUGUCAGGACCUAUGUCAGCACCAUCCGCAUUCCCAUCCGCAGGAUCUCCGACGCAGGUUUAGGAGAGGCCACCUCCAUGGCGCUGCAGUCCAUGAUUCGGCAGAUCAUGACUGGUUUCGGUGAACUUGGCUACCUCAUGGAUUCGGACUCUGAUUCAACCGAUUCAAACCGUGGCGCAACCACGGCGGCCGAUUUGGCCGAGGCCCUCAAUAAUCCAGAUGCGACAUCUGCCGCAGCAAACGCAGCUGCUGCUGAUGUGGAGGAGCCGCCCGCUGCCGCCACCGCUGCGGUCGCAGCUGCCGCCGCCGCGGCCGCCGCAGCUGCUGCCGGGGUCCGGGCCAGGACACUCGAUGCUGAUGUAGAUGAGACUCUGGCCACAGCUCCACCCUCCAUAGGUUUCAGACCCCGGCCCAGACCCCCCAUCAAUCUUGAGGAGCCCAGCUCGCUGCCCUUCCUCCGCCUUGCCCACUUCUUCCUGCUCAACGACGACGAUGAUGACCAGCCUCAGGGUCUGACGAAGGAGCAGAUCGAUAACCUCACCAUGCGCAAUUUUGGUGAGAGCGACGCCAUGAAGACGUGCAGCGUGUGCAUCACCGAGUAUGCGGAGGGGAACAAGUUACGGAAGCUGCCCUGCUCGCAUGAGUACCACGUGCACUGCAUCGAUCGCUGGCUGUCUGAGAACUCCACGUGCCCCAUCUGUCGUCGAGCCGUACUGGUGUCUGCCAACCGAGAGAGCGUGGUGUAGGCCCGGCAGUGUCUCCGCCAUUUAACCGUGUGGGGCUCUGGGGAAAGAUGUCUUGUUGUUGCCCAUCGGUGAGUUCAUCCUGAUGUUUUCACGGGUCCUGGGGCCUCACUCAGCACAUUAGCUGCCAUAGCUUCCACCUCUUAAGACAAGUCUUACAGAAGCCCAACGUUAGACACAGGAAAUGCAUGCUCUUCAUGACCAAGGUCUCUGGUGCAAUGGCUCAGGAUGGACACAUGAAAAUCCAAUCCAUUCUCCCCCGACUCUUUGAUCACAGCUGCAGCACAUCACCAUUCAAUACGUCCCCCGCGAGUCACCCAACACCUUACUUAGGCCUCAAGGCGAUUAGUACGCUCCCUUGUUGCGGUAUUAGCUGUAAAUAAGCUUGUACAAAUCUCUCAAACAUACUUUGUAAUGGUCAAUUGCUAUUGGAUUGUAAAUGAUGUAGACUCUGGCACCAAAAGUUUAGUCUUUAACAAACUCUGUCUCCUGUCAUGUUAUUUAAGAUUGAAUUGGUUCUUUACUUCCAUUUAAAACUACAUGUGUUUAAAAUUAUCAAGUGCUGAUUUGUUUUGUUUUUUUUAUUUAUACAUUUUACAAGGACGCUAGAAUUUGAUACCUGAAGUCUGUCUUCACCUCAAAGGGCCAAUAGUAUUGAUGAAUUAGGGAUGGAUUAGACUGUUUUCCUUUUUGUACGCUUCGGUCAUGCAAGUGCAACUCACGGGCAAUAAGAACUGUUCACUUACACUGCUGCUUCUCCCCUUGUAUUUAAUUCUUAACAUCCAACCUGCGUUUGUCUUUGAUUUUUAAUUCUCCCUCUAGUCAUGUUUGGUAUUGUUUGGAUAAUUUAAGUUUUCUUCACUUGUUUUUGAGUGGACUUUCUUGAAAUGCAGUCGAGUUUCAUGCCAUUUGCCGAAAUCUUGUUUUAAAUAACUACACAUGAAUGUACAUACCACUGUUUCUGUUGUGAGCGGAGAGUCCCCAGUAUCAUGCCAAGUCUGUGAAACACCAACGCUCUCCGGCCCGAGUCAAGAUGCCUGUCAGUGAGUCUACUUCCCUCUGCCUUAAGUGCAGGUGUUCCGCUCCGUGUGUGCAAUACAUGCAGAUGAGAAUAUGGGCAAAAACAAACCGUGUUAUAUUUGUAUACUAUGUUUAAAAAAAAAAAAAAAACAAGAUCAUAAAUGAAGACUAUAAAAUACUAAAGUGUUGAGAAACAUUUUUAUUUUGAGGUCUGUAGGUUUUUUUAAUAGCACUGUUCAAGGAAACUCCACCUGGGAGAGUGGCACCACCGUGAUGAUGAGCUUUCCAGCUGUUGUUCCACUGUUAGAUGUCUCUACCGCAGUUGUACUUCCCUCCUUGGGGAAUAGUUUGAAUGCAAGAUUUUAUGUCAUUGUUUAAUACCAUCAAUAUGUGAUUGAUUGUAUGUUCCCUCUUGGGCCAUGCGUUAUUAGUUUGGGCCUUGUUCUGUGUGCCACCCGCUACAGUGUGUGGCCCGGGUGUUUGAAAUGAAACUAAUCGCUGAAUUAAACAAGUUGUUAUGCUACCAACAUCCAAGUAUCGCA